AUGUCUGCUCUUGCCAUCCCCGAGGGCGCCACCAUCGUCCACACCUUCAAGCAGUCCUUUGUCGACGUGCCCAUUGAUGCCGAAAAGGGCAAUGCCAUUGCUACCACCCAGUUCCUCGAUGCUGCCGAGUCCCUGACCACCAUGUUUGAUGUUCUGGGCUCUGUUGCCUUCUCUCCUGUCAAGAACGAUAUGCUUGGCAACGUCAAGAAACUCCGUGAGCGUCAGCUCGCCGCUCCCGCCGAGUCUGAGAACAUCCAGGACCUCGUCCGCAACGAGCUCAAGACCAAGAAGCACACUGCCACCGAGGGUCUCCUGUGGCUUGUCCGUGGUCUCGAGUUUACUUGCCUUGCCCUCAGCGCCAACGUCGCCAACCCCUCCGAGGAGCUUGCCGACUCCUUCCGAAACGCCUACGGCUCGACCCUCAAGCCUCACCACAGCUUCUUGAUCAAGCCCGUCUUCAGCGCUGCCAUGAGCGCCUGCCCUUACCGCAACGACUUCUAUACCAAGCUCGGAGCUGAUCAGGACAAGGUCUCCACUGACCUGAGGGUCUACCUGGCCGCUCUGGAUAAGAUUGUUGGCAUUCUGAAGGGCUUUGUUGAGAGCAAGGAGGCUAAGUGGUAA